AUGAGGGGACUUUAUGAGAAACAUUGUAAUGCCUUAGGCAUAUAUCAAAAGCCUUAUACUCCCUACUCCGAAACCUAUAAUUCAGGGUGGCGGAGUCACCCCAAUCUCAGCUGGAAAUCUAAAAAUCAGCAACCUGCCCAAUCCAAUAGAGCCUACACUACACCUCCAUAUCAAACCACAUUAUCUAGAAACUCUUUGGAAGGCACCCUAUAUGCAUUCAUAGAGGUACAAAGUAAAACCAAUCAGAAGUUUGAGACUAUGAUUACCCAAAUUGUUGAGGAAAACAAGGAAAUCAAAACUCAUAUGUCCAAAUUAACCAAUGCCUUAAAUGUAGUUGAGCAGGGAAAAUUUCCAUCACAGGCUCAACCAAACCCUAAGGGACAACAUAUGGCACAAACCUCUGGCUCAAGAGAAAACAACAUUAAGGAAGUUAAUGCCAUAACCACUCGGUCCGGUAAGGUUAUUGAACCAACCUCCAAACCUAGGGAAGAUGAAAAGGACUCUAGCAAUUCAGAAGAGAGUACCUCUAGCGAGGAGGUAGUGAAAAAUCCACCGCAAGUACCCUUUCCUCAAUCUCUUAAAUCCACCUCGAAAUCUAUUGGUCAACAUAGUGAAAUCUUAGAGCACCUUAAACAAGUAAAGAUCAAUUUACCUCUUUUACAUGUGAUCUCCCAGGUUCCCACGUAUGCUAAAGUCCUAAAAGACUUAUACACUAUGAAGAGGAAAUACCAUGUCAAGAAAACUGCUUUCUUGACUGAGCAUGUAAGCGCUGUAAUUGAGCAAAGGAUCCCUCCAAAGUAUAAGGAUCCUGGUUGUCCUACCGUUUCUUGUGUUAUUGGGAAUCAUGAGAUUUCAUAA